AUGUCACAGCAGCAACCUUAUUUAGGUAUAACUAAACCACUAUCUUUAUCAGUACCAACAAUACAAGAACUUGAAUUGACAAAAGAUCUUCAAAAAACUCUUGAAAAAUUUGGAAUGUAUGAUAGUAAAGAAAAAACUGCUCAAAGAGAAGCUGCUUUAAAACAUUUAGGCGAAUUAACACGAGAACUUGUGCAGUCCAUCUGUAAAAAAAGAAAUAUACCAAAAGAGAUUGCUGAUGCUGCAGGUGGAGCUAUCUUUACUUUUGGUAGUUACAGAUUGGGUGUAAAUUCAGCAGAACAGAUUUUUUCGAAAUAUGGUUCAAAUACUAAAAAAGUUCCAUGUAUUUCUGAAAUUACAUCUGUACCAGAUUCUUUUGUACCUGUUAUCAAGUUUAAAUAUAAUGAUAUUCCUAUUGAUUUUGUUUGUGCAAGAGUCAGUCUUCCUCAAGUGACAGAAUCAACCAAUUUAAAAGACGCAUCUAUUUUACGCGGCUUAGAUGAUCGAUGUAUUCGUAGUAUUAACGGCACACGAGUAGCUGAUGAAAUAAUUCGUCUUGUACCCGAUAUUGAAACAUUCCGUAUCGCUUUACGGUGUAUAAAAUUAUGGGCCAUGAGGAAAGCAGUUUAUUCGAAUGUUUUAGGUUUCUUUGGUGGUGUCGCUUGGGCUAUCUUGGUAGCUCGUGUCUGUCAAUUAUAUCCAAAUGCGUGUGCUAGUGUGAUUGUCAGUAAAUUCUUUAGUCUUUGGAAGAGUUGGAAAUGGCCGUUACCUGUCACACUUAAACCUAUUGAAGAUGGACCACCCCUUAACCCUUCCUUGAGGCCUUGGAGUCCCUCAUUAAAUAUAAAUCGUACGCAUCGUAUGCCUAUCAUUACACCUUGCUAUCCGAGUAUGUGUACAACUCAUAACGUGACAGCCUCUACACAACGUAUCAUCUUGGGUGAAUUCAAUAUAGCAUCACAGAUCACUGAAAAAAUCAUGCAAGGCACUUUACCUUGGGCUUCCUUGUUUCAAUCUCAUGAUUUCUUUCGUAACUACAAGUACUAUCUUCAAGUGAUCGUAAGCAGCGAUCAUCCAGAGAGACAAUUGAAAUGGUCAGGACUUGUUGAAGCCAAGUUGAGACAUCUAGUGACUAAACUUGAGCUUGUUCCUGCCCUUGCCCUUGUACAUCCCUAUGUAGAAGGAUUCAAAUAUGAAUUUACAUGUGAGAAUUCUGAAGACGUGUAUGCAGCUACACAUGGACAAAUUAUACCAUCAAGAAGAAACAGUUCAAGAAAGACGAUGAAAAUUUAUACUAAAGUAUUUUAUUUAGGGCUCUAUAUUAGGAUAAAAUCAGGUGAAUCAAGGACAUUAGAUUUAACAGCCCCAAUCUAUGAAUUCAUGAAUAUGGUAAAAAGCUGGUCUGAGUUUAACUCUAAACAUAUGGGAAUAGCUGUAGAAAAUGUAAGGCACACCAAUUUGCCCGAAGAAGUUCUUCCAAAGAGAGAGAUAAAGAUGUCAAAAAGGGCGUUAUCAAAGUCACCGUCACCUACUCUACAACCUACGAUGGUUAAUUCCAGUGUAAUUGUCAAUAAGAAAGUGAAAACAAAUACUGAUAAUACGAUACCCCCUCCAACAGACACUGAUGUAAAAACAGCAUCUGUAGCUGUGUAG